GUCCCCCUCCACUCCUUUCUUACAUCCUCCCUCUCCUGGGCCCGCUGCGCAGCUCUCCGCCCCUCCCAGCCCCCUCAGUCCCUCUUGUCUCUUGUCGGACUGCGCUAGCCUGGCCGGCCCGCUGUAACGUGAGGCUCCCGCUGCUGCUCCAGGGCUCAGACUGGUUGCCAAGUCCACGCUUUGGGCUAAAAGAGGCACUGCCAGGUGCAUAGCCCUGGGCAUGAGCCUUUUGAGCUGUGGGGGAAAGCCCAGCACUGGUCCCAGGAAAGGUGCCUAGAAGAAUACAACACAGAGCCACCGUGGUGAGUAUCGGACUGCUGGAUGGGGAGGCAAGGCAAGGGCUGCAGGACAAGUGGCCCCAGACAGUUGGAAAGCAGACAUAGGGCAUGAGCUGCCCUCAAGAGACCUGCUCCUGGGCUCCCCCUAGUGCAGGGGGUCCUUAAGCCUUCUUUGCCCUGCUUUCCCUCUAUCCAUGAAAACAGUCACUAGGCUGGCUCCUCAGGCCUUUAUUCCAUUAGCUGAGCACACCUGGCCCUGAAGAACCACACCAGGGAGGUCUGGGGAGGAGGUCUGGUCCACAGGUAUGCAGAAAUUCUGUGUGCUAGGGGAUGGGGGUGGAGCUGACCACUAGGACCCAGGAGCAGGCCAGCUAGUGAAGGCUCAUGAGGGCCCCAGGGCCGCAGAGGGGUUUUUGGGAGUGCCAAGCACUGUGGCCUCACAAAAGCUGGUGGGGCUCUGAAAGGCUGAUUGGGCUCAGGAAGGAUGGUUCAUGGGGGCAACUUCUAGGAGCAGGGCCGGGCUGCCAGAUCCAGAAGAAGCUGGAAGGGGAAUAGGCCAAGACCAGCUCUCAGGGUGGCUCAGCUCUCAGAGACCAACCAGGAUGGUGUAGAAGCCUGGCUCACCCUUGUGGGAGUUGCUCAGGCCUGAACCUGGCUGAAGGUAGCAGAAAAGCCCACCCCGCUUUGAGUCCACAGGCUUGGCAGAUGCUGCCCCCUGGUGGCCAUAGGGAGCCAUGGCCCAGGCCCCUUGUUCCUAGAGGUCUCAUCGCCUCCCACCAUCUGCCGGCUCUUGAGGGGACAUCUGUGGUCAGAAGAGAGGACUUCUGUGGUCAGUCGGCUCUGAGUCCAGAUAGAGGUCAUAGAGGAGCAAGGUGCAGUGGCGCUGGGCGGGCAGCACAGGCUGAAGCCUGGGCCUCACUGUCAUCAGCUAUCUCCGGUCAACCAGCAAGCAUCCUAAUUCUCUCCUGGCCACAACUUCCUCUUCUUCCACAAGGAGAGAAAAUUCUCUGUGAGAUCGAGGGUGUCCAACUCCUCCCUUAUCCAGUCAGUUCUGGCCGCUCUAGCCCUGCAGCACAGAGUAGGAAGGUUCCUUCCUUCCCCGCACAGCUGUAUGGGUCUAGCCUUGGGACCUUAGAUAAUCGCUGAGCUUCUCUGAGCCUUGUUUGUCUUGUUUGUCUGGAAAAUGAGGAUUGUACCAUUUACCCCAUGGAGUCGUGAGAUCAGGAAGAGGAAACAGGUGCAAAGCACCAACACAUAGGUUCUUGAUGCAGCCGCUUCUCUUGGGCUGAGUCCAGCUGCCCAAGCCCCUUGUCCCUCACCUGGAGAAGCUGAAGUGGAAGGAUAACCUGCACAAAGGAGAACUCGACUCUUAAUGUUCCGAGCUGGCUCUAAAGGAGGGUGGGGGACCAGGUCCACUACAGCUGAUGGGAGCUCCUGGUGUUGACAGAGAUGGAGCCCGGACGUGGAGGCCUGUCAGUGCUGCCCCUCUGGCCCCGGACUAGGCGGCAGCCUGCCCUGUGGCCCACCCUGGCCGCUCUGGCCCUGCUGAGCAGCGUCGCGGAGGGCGAAGCCUCCCUGGGCCCCGCGCCCCGCAGCCCGGCCCCCCGCGAAGGCCCCGCGCCGGCUCCGGCGCCCCCCGCGGGCCACCUGCCGGGGGGCCGCGGGGCCCGUCCCUGCGGCGGAAGAGCCCGGCGGCCACCGCCCCCGCCGCCCGCUCCCGCGCCUUCGCCCGCGUCCCCACGCGGGGCCCGCGCAGCGCGGGCCGGGGGCCGGGACCGCCCCGGGGGCCUGGGGAGCCGCACGCGGUCCGCGGGGGCGCGGGGCUGCCGCCUGCGCUCGCAGCUGGUGCCGGUGCGCGCCCUCGGCCUGGGCCACCGCUCCGACGAGCUGGUGCGUUUCCGCUUCUGCAGCGGCUCCUGCCGCCGCGCGCGCUCCCCGCACGACCUCAGCCUGGCCAGCCUGCUGGGCGCCGGCGCUCUGCGGCCGCCCCCUGGCUCGCGGCCCGUUAGCCAGCCCUGCUGCCGCCCCACGCGCUACGAGGCCGUCUCCUUCAUGGAUGUUAACAGCACCUGGAGGACCGUGGACCGCCUCUCGGCCACUGCCUGCGGCUGUCUGGGCUGACGGCUCCCUUCGGGGAUUUGCAGACCGCACCCCUGCCAAUGGAUCUUCCUGCUUGGGGCGGGCCAGGGCCUCAGCUGGAGAUCGAGGCCUUGGCUGGGUGAGUGAUGGACAUCCGCCCUGCAGAGAGGGAGGCCCGACUGACCAGAGGCCCCAGGGCUCUCACCCUGCCAGUCUCAGACCCAAAGACCCGUGGAGACCCGAGGACCCACUUCUCACAGACUGGCACUGACCAGGCCAUGGACCCAGGACUCCUCUGGAGAACCAGCAGUGUCAGGUCUCAGCCACAGCCCAGGCAUGCGGGGACAGAUUUGGAGGAGACACGUUGGAAUUGCAUUGCUGGAAUGCCUGUGCUGGACUGGGCCUUUACUCACUUGUGGGAGCUGGAGCCCUAUUUAUUAUUUCUAAGUUAUUUAUUU